GCAAGCGUUCGAGUUGGCGGUAAUGUCUAAAUGAAAUGUUGAGGUUAUGUUAUGUUAUAGGUUAACUUGUUUUGAUUGAGCUAUCACGCGAGUGUAAAACCGUAAAAAUGGAUGAAGAUACGAUAAGUAACGGUGAUCAAGAGGAGCAGAAGAAUUCGUAUAAAGAAAUAAUUAAUGAUAUUACGUGCAAAGAAGAUUUAACUUCAUUUUUCAAAGAAAGCGAUCACAGUGUCAAUAAGGUCUACUUCUCGAAGGUUCCACAAAUCUGUAAGGAUGAACCAUGUCAGCUCGGUGUGGAUGAGGCAGGUCGUGGUCCAGUCUUGGGACCGAUGGUUUACGGGAUCUCUUACGCUCCAUUGUCGCAGAAGCAGCUGCUCGUCGAUCUAGGCUGCGCCGAUUCCAAGAGUUUGACGGAAAAGAAGCGCGACGAGAUAUUCGACGAUACCUGCAAGCAUAAAGACAGCAUAGGUUGGGCGAUCGAGGCAAUAUCGCCGAAUGUCAUCGCCAACAGUAUGUAUCGCCGCACCAAAAUCUCAUUGAACGAGACUUCCAUGAUGUCGGCUAUGGACUUGAUACAAGGAGCGAUCGAGGCUGGCGUAAACGUGGCCGAGAUCUACGUGGACACCGUCGGCAAGCCCGAGUCUUACCAGGUGCGAUUGAAGGGCGUGUUCCCCGGCAUAAAGAUAGUCGUGGCGAAGAAAGCCGACGCGACCUAUCCAAUUGUCAGCGCGGCCAGUAUAUGCGCGAAAGUGUCGCGUGAUCACGCGAUACGCGCGUGGCGGUUUCGCGAGGGUGACAAUAUCGAGACGGAAUAUGGCAGCGGUUAUCCCACCGAUCCGGCGACUAAGAAGUGGCUGGCCGCGAACGUGGAUCAGGUGUUUGGCUUUCCGCAGCUCGUCCGGUUUAGCUGGUCCACUGCCGAGCAGAUACUCGAGUCAAAAGCGCUGACCGUAGAGUGGGAAGAAACAGAGGAGCCGGAGACUCCGAACGAGCAGAAGAUUUUGAAGUUCUUCGCCAAAUCUCCAGCUAAAUCGCUAAAUCACACAAAAAAACACCCGUUCUUCACGGAACGUUGUCUGUCUAACGCGACUGUUUUAUGAUAUCCGUUUUCAUCCUGAUCUUCUCCUGAAAAUUUUUAACGAAAAAGUUAAUUUACUAGUAUUGUUACAAUUAAUUGGGACAUAUAUGAGACACUCGGAUUGAAAUGAAUCUUUUAUUCCGAGCAUCUCAUAUAGAAAAUAUUUAAUAAAUAUACAGUGCUACUUA